GGCGCGGCGCGGAAAGGGGAGCGGCGGCCAGCGGGCGGCGGCGGGCACCGGCUGCGCGAGCAGGUACCCGCGGCGGAGGUGGCCAGGCCGCCCCGGGGGGGCGAGCGCGAAGGCGGGGGCUCGGGCCCGCCGCGCCCCCAUGCCGCGGUGAGCACUCGCGCUCGGCGCACUUGUCGCCGCUCCGCGCCAGCCCCAGCGAGCCGGCUCUCCCCGCCCCGCCAGCCCGGGCCCUACCUGCGGCCGCCGUCGGGGGAGGGGGGGUCCCCCCAGCUCUGCGGAGCCGCAUGAACAAUAGGCGGCGGCGGUUCCUGCGGGCGGCGGCAGCCCCGCACCCUAUGGAUCGGCCGCUCCAUGGAGCCCUCCAGAGCGCUUCUCGGCUGCCUGGCGAGCGCCGCCGCUGCCGCCCCGCCGGGGGAGGAUGGAGCGGGGGCCGCGGCCGAGGAGGAGGAGGAAGAGGAGGAGGAGGCGGCGGCGGCCCCCGGGGAGCUGGGUCCCGAAGCACCGCUGCCCUACUGGACGGCGGUGUUCGAGUACGAGGCUGCAGGCGAGGACGAGCUGACCCUGCGGCUGGGCGACGUGGUGGAGGUGCUGUCCAAGGACUCGCAGGUGUCCGGCGACGAGGGCUGGUGGACCGGGCAGCUGAACCAGCGGGUGGGCAUCUUCCCCAGCAACUACGUGACCCCGCGCAGCGCCUUCUCCAGUCGUUGCCAGCACGGCGGCGAGGACCCCAGUUGCUACCCGCCCAUUCAGUUGUUAGAGAUUGAUUUUGCGGAGCUAACCCUGGAAGAGAUUAUUGGCAUCGGGGGCUUUGGGAAGGUCUAUCGUGCUUUCUGGAUAGGGGAUGAGGUUGCCGUGAAAGCAGCUCGCCACGACCCCGAUGAGGACAUCAGCCAAACCAUAGAGAAUGUUCGCCAGGAGGCCAAGCUCUUUGCCAUGCUGAAGCACCCCAACAUCAUUGCCCUUAGGGGUGUGUGUCUGAAGGAACCCAACCUCUGCUUGGUCAUGGAGUUUGCACGUGGAGGGCCUUUGAAUAGAGUGUUAUCUGGGAAAAGGAUUCCCCCGGACAUCCUGGUGAACUGGGCUGUGCAGAUUGCCAGAGGGAUGAACUACUUACAUGAUGAGGCAAUUGUCCCCAUCAUCCACCGCGACCUUAAGUCCAGUAACAUACUGAUCCUCCAGAAGGUGGAGAAUGGAGACCUGAGCAACAAGAUUCUGAAGAUCACUGAUUUUGGCCUGGCUCGAGAAUGGCACCGAACCACAAAGAUGAGCGCAGCAGGGACAUAUGCUUGGAUGGCACCCGAAGUCAUCCGUGCCUCCAUGUUUUCCAAAGGCAGUGAUGUGUGGAGCUACGGGGUGCUGCUUUGGGAGCUCCUGACUGGCGAGGUGCCCUUCCGAGGAAUCGAUGGCUUAGCCGUAGCUUAUGGAGUGGCCAUGAACAAGCUCGCUCUUCCCAUUCCUUCUACGUGCCCAGAACCUUUUGCCAAACUCAUGGAAGACUGCUGGAAUCCCGACCCUCACUCACGACCAUCUUUCACAAACAUCCUGGACCAGCUAACUACCAUAGAGGAGUCUGGUUUCUUUGAAAUGCCCAAGGACUCCUUCCACUGCCUGCAGGAUGACUGGAAACAUGAGAUUCAGGAGAUGUUUGACCAACUCAGGGCCAAAGAAAAGGAGCUCCGCACCUGGGAGGAGGAGCUGACGCGGGCCGCGCUCCAGCAGAAGACGCAGGAGGAGCUGCUGCGGCGCCGCGAGCAGGAGCUGGCCGAGCGGGAGAUCGACAUCCUAGAGCGGGAGCUCAACAUCAUCAUCCACCAGCUGUGCCAGGAGAAGCCCCGGGUGAAGAAACGCAAGGGCAAGUUCAGGAAGAGCCGGCUGAAGCUCAAGGAUGGGAACCGCAUCAGCCUUCCUUCCGAUUUCCAGCACAAGUUCACGGUUCAGGCCUCCCCCACCAUGGAUAAAAGGAAGAGUCUCACCAACAGCCGCUCCAGUCCUCCUGCGAGCCCCACCAUCAUUCCUCGCCUUCGAGCCAUCCAGUUGACACCAGGUGAAAGCAGCAAAACCUGGGGCCGGAACUCAGUCAUCCCCAAAGAAGAAGGGGAGGAGGAGGAGAAGAGGGCCCCCAAGAAGAAAGGACGGACGUGGGGGCCAAGUACACUUGGUCAGAAGGAGCUUGCCUCGGGAGACGAAGGUGGAUGGCUUGGAAAGUUGCCUAAGCAUGCCGUGAGCUUGGAAGGAGAAGUUGAGAAAUGGCCCAUCCCUGCUAGCUCAUCUGCCCAGGGCUCGCCUGGGAUCACAAGGCUUCGAAUUGCAGUGUCUCUGAUGUCAGCAGUGUGCUGGACACAGUGUCCUGGAGUGAUCGUCUCUGCCUUAAGCCUCAAGUCCCUGGUAGAUGGAUAUAAACAGUGGUCGUCCAGUGCCCCCAACCUGGGGAAGGGCCCGAGGAGUAGCCCAGCCCUGCCAGGGUUCACCAGCCUUAUGGAGAUGGAGGAUGAGGACAGCGAAGGCCCCAGGAGUGGGGAGAGUCGUCUACAGCAUUCACCCAACCAGUCCUACCUCUGUAUCCCGUUCCCUCGAGGAGAGGAUGGGGAGGGCCCCUCCAGUGAUGGAGUCCACGAGGAGCCCACCCCAGUCAAUUCAGCCACCAGUACCCCUCAGCUGACGCCAACUAACAGCCUCAAGCGGGGUGGCACCCACCACCGCCGUUGUGAGGUGGCUCUGCUUGGCUGUGGGGCUGUUCUCGCGGCCACAGGCCUGGGCUUUGACCUGCUCGAAGCUGGCAAGUGCCAGCUGCUUCCCCCAGAGGAGCCUGAGCCACCAGCCCGGGAGGAGAAGAAGAGGCGUGAGGGUCUUUUCCAGAGGGCCAGCCGUCCUCGUCGGAGCACCAGCCCCCCAUCCCGGAAGCUCUUCAAGAAGGAGGAGCCCAUGCUGUUGCUAGGAGACCCCUCUGCCUCCCUCACGCUGCUUUCUCUCUCCUCCAUCUCGGAGUGCAACUCCACCCGCUCCCUGCUGCGUUCCGACAGUGACGAGAUCGUGGUGUACGAGAUGCCCAUCAGUCCGGUUGAAGCCCCACCCCUGACCCCUUGCACCCACAACCCCCUGGUCAACGUCCGAGUGGAACGCUUCAAGCGAGACCCUAACCAGUCCCUGACUCCUACCCACGUCACCCUUACGGCCCCUACGCAGCCCAGUGGUCACCGGCGGACUCCUUCUGACGGGGCCCUCAAGCCAGCGGCUCUCCUAGCCAGCAGGAGCCCCUCCAGCAAUGGGUUGAGCCCCAGCCCAGGAACAGGAAUGUUGAAAACCCCCAGCCCCAGCCGAGACCCAGGUGAAUUCCCCCGUCUCCCUGACCCCAAUGUGGUCUUUCCCCCGACCCCAAGGCGCUGGAACACACAGCAGGAUUCUACCCUGGAGAGACCCAAGACCCUGGAGUUUCUGCCUCGGCCACGUCCUUCUGCCAACCGGCAACGGCUGGACCCUUGGUGGUUUGUGUCCCCCAGCCAUGCCCGUAGCGCCUCUCCAGCCAACAGCUCCAGCACGGAGACACCCAGCAACCUGGACUCCUGCUUCGCUAGCAGCAGCAGCACUGUGGAUGAGCGGCCCGGACUCCCGGCCCUGCUCCCGUUCCAAGCGGGGCCGCUGCCCCCUGCUGAGCGGACGCUUCUGGACCUGGACGCAGAGGGCCAGAGUCAGGACAGCACCGUGCCGCUGUGCAGAGCCGAACUGAACACACACAGGCCCGCCCCUUAUGAGAUUCAGCAAGAGUUCUGGUCUUAACACGAAAAGGGUUGGGGGCGGGCAAGGGGGAAGCAGGAGGAGAUGGGGGGAGCUGGCUGGCACAGCCCUUUCUCGGAGUUGGACCCCCUGAAAUCCAGCCCUACUUCUUGCACUGAUAAUGCACUUUGAAGGUGGAAGGGAUGGAAGCAGGGCCACUUCAGAGGGUCCCCUGCCCUGUAGGGCCUUUCUACCCAUGUCCACUGGAAGGGGCUGCGGCCAUCAGCUCUGGCUGUGUAGGGGAGGGCGGGGUGCGUGCAUGUCCCCCACCCUCCACAGUCUUCCUCGCCUUUACGGUGACUCUGCAGGGUCACUCAGCCAAAUCCGUCUGCUGCCCCCUCUCCUCAGCCCCCUGGGUAAGCCUGGAGCCUGUCCCGGAGUCCUUUUGUUAGCCCUGAGUUCAGCCUUCCCAAACACCAGUAUUGGAUGAUCUGUGAUUGAUUUUGCUCCUCUUCCACAUUCUUCCCCAGCACCCAUGAAUCAGAGUCUCAUCUGGUGUGAGAUACACGCUUUUCUGUGCCCUAAGCCCUUACGUGCCCGCUGGAGGACUGAAGGCAAGGUGCCCCAGUGUGGGACGUAGGAGUUGAGGGACCUGUUACUUACCCGCCUGCCCUUCCAGGUGCCCCGCUUAUUUAUUUGAGCCCCACAGGGGUAAGGGGACCUGGGGGGAGGAGAGGGAAUUAGGAAAAACAGAGUCGAGUGGCAGCAAAGAGGGUAACAGAGUCUGCCCUUGUUCCUUUCGGAAACACACAAAUAAAGGCAGAAACCAGCA